AUCAAGUCGCGCCGAAAUCAAACACAUCGUAAACAGGAGCAGAAACAACGUUUAGAAACAAGUUUUGGUGGGAAUUUAAAGGUUUGAAUAGGAGGGAAGCGGCUCUUUAUUAUUCAGAUCUACUGCCGGGGGACUGUGGUCACACCUGAGAUGAGCAGCCCGAUGGCCUCCAGCUCUAAAGAGCGUCCAGCCAACAGAACCAGCUUCAUCCCCGAGCUGCAGAGCAUGAUGUUUGCUCUAGGUGACGCUCGCCGGCCUCUUUAUGAAACGGCCGCUCUGGUGGAGGACAUCAUUCACACACAGCUCAUCACUAUGCUGCAUCAGGCCUGUGAAGGAGCCACUCUCCGGGGGUCGAGGGUCAUCUCAGCCGAGGACAUCCUGUUCCUGAUGAGGAGGGACAAGCAUCAAGAUCUGAGAACCAAACAUCAUAUUUAUAUUAAUUAUAGAGUUGAUUGAUCUACUGUCCUGCAGUGUGCUGGGGGCGUUGGGGGCGUUGCCGAGGGGGGCGUGGGGGGUAACCAGCGGAGGCAGCGAUUGGCUCAGGACUUCCUGAUGUGGAUGGAUCAGACGAGAGAUGCUCUCAUGGCCGAUCGGCAGGAAGUAGAUCCCGUCAAACAGGAGCGCAUGGAGCGUCUGGAGCGUCAGACUCGCACCAUGGACCCGGCUCAGUACUCUGAGUUCUGCGAGAGCCGACAGCUCAGCUUUGCGAAGAAGGCGUCUAAGUUUCGGGACUGGCUGGACUGCAGCAGCUUGGAGCUGAAACCCAACAGCGUUUCCAUGGAGAUCCUGUCCUACCUGGCCUUCGAGACGGUCGCCCAGAUCAUGGAUCUGUCUCUGCUGGUGAAACAGGAAAUGACGCCCAAAACAAAUCCCAUUAGUCAUGUGAUCUCAUCAAGCUUCAUCCAGUACAACACACACCCUGAGGUGAAGAAGGAUCCAGACUCACCUGAGGCCACGCCCCCUUCCACUCCAGGCUCCUCCCAAUCAGCUAAGCCCCUCCCCCAGGGUAACGGCAGUCUGGACGGCCGGGCGAGGCAAAGGAAACGCAAAAAGAGUUGUCCGGCUGCUGUGGAGCCUCCGGGUGGAGGAAUCCAGCCGGGACACAUCAGAGAGGCUAUCAGGAGAUACAGCUACAGACACACUAGUCCGUACUGGAGGAGUGGGAUGGCCUUCCUCGCCUGCUGAACAUCACUCACAGAAACCUGCUUCAUCAUUUGUAUUUUUGUUCCCUUGUUGUAAUAAAGACUUUUCAGUAAA